AUGCCAGGCGGAGGUAGAGCAGCAAUGAUGAAGAGAAAGGCGGCACAGAAACAAGCCGCCACUACUUCUACAAACAACAAAGCAACAAAGACAAAGACGAUAAAGAAGAAGUUGUCUUUGGAGGAGUUGAUUGAAGAGGGCGAGAAAUACGCUCAAGAGUAUAAGUUGGACAUGGCGGUCAAGAGCUUCAAAGAGGCAUUGUCAAUCGAUACCAAUAACACUCUGUUGAUGGAUACGAUUGGCGAGCUGAUGCUGGAGCUCGGUGAGUUGAAGCAGGCCAAGCAAUACUUUACAAAGUCGAUCGAGACCAACCCCAACGACAGCUCGUCCAAGUACAUGAACCUCGGCCAGCUGCUGGGUGGCGCCGAUGCCAUCCGUUGCUAUACCAAGGGCAUCGAGAUCAUGGAGACUGAGCUCAAGGAGCUGAUAGCUGGUGCGCCUCAACAAGUUGUCGCCACCACUCAACAGAAGCAGAAGGAGCAGCAACAGGCACAACAACAACAAACAAAGAAUCAAUUACAACAGAAUAAUAAGAAUAAGAAGACAAAGGAUGGAAGAUUGGUCGAGGAUCAAAGGAUUGACAUUGGAGACGACCAAGACGAGGAGGAGAUGCUAGACGACGACGAGGAAGACGGAGAGGUGGACCAAGUGUUCAUCCUCAAGGAUCAAAUAUGUUCUGCUCUUUGCUCCCUCGCUGAGUUAUACCUCACUGAUGAAUGCUUCGACGAGGAAGCCGAGGUAAAGUGUGAGACUCACUUGAGAAAGGCGAUAGAGUAUACACCAAUGUCACCAGAGCCAUAUAGUUUGUUGGCUAGUAUGAAGAUCAGUCAGGUCAAGAAUGAUGAUGCACUGGACUUGCUGAAUCACUCGUACUCGCUGUGGUCGAGUCUCGAGGUGGACCAACGUCCCUCACUCGAGUACCGCUAUGGUAUUGCACAGAUGUUUGUAGAGUUGGAUCAGUGUCGCACUGCCGUCGACAUCCUCGAGACAUUGGUCUACGAGCAAGACAACAUUGCCGAGAUCUGGCACACACUAGGCGUCGUCUACGAUCGUCUGAAAGAGCCAAGAUCAGCUCUUGAAUGCCUGGAGAGUGCUGCUCAAUUGUUAUCAAUAGCUCAUGAUGGAAUGGAUGAGGAGCUGCAGGCUCAGAUCGACAGUCUGCUCCCCAAGGUGCAGAAGGAUGUUGAGUUGCUCCCACCAGAAGAGGAUGAUGAUGAGGAAGAUGAGGACAUGGAGGAAUAA